AUGGACGGAGAAACAGGAUUCACGAAUCCCAAUCACCACAAUAAGGGAAACCGCUCGCACGAAAGCGGUAUCAGCUACCGUUUUCAUGGAGUUUCCGAACCGGUGUGGCUUGCAUCGAGACAUUUUGUAUCCAGAAACGGGAAUGUUGCAUUAAAGACAAAUCGAGUUUUCGAACCGCGUGAGCCGGUUGGGGCAAGUCCAUCUUUAUCUCUGCAGUAUGAAAGUAUAGUAUGCGUGCCAUCUUAUUGUCCGUUUGUCUGGGAAGAAGAGAAAUGGCCAAAUAUGUACAUGAUUUGCGAGUACUUAUCACUGCAACGGAACAUCUCCUCGUCUGAAGUGGUAACAGCCCUUUCGCACCCAAUUAAGCUCGAUGUUGCAGUAAGCUCAACGAAUUUGUGGCGAGAAUGA